UAUAUUUUUAAAUAUAAAUGAUUUCAAUCAAAUUAUAUCUAUUUCUUCGCACAUCAAAUGCAUGUUAAUCAAACAAAACAAAGAAAACAUAUUUUUGUGUUUGAGCAACAUAAUAAACUAAUUAAGUGAAUUGAAUAAAUAUAUUUCAAUAAUGCUUACUAUACAAUUUGGACAAUGUGGAAAUCAGCUAGGACAUACAUUAUUCUCUGAAAUAUUAUCUGAUUUGGAAUGUACAAAUACGGGUGUAUCGUAUAACACCAAUUAUCAGUAUUCAGAAGAAACAUUCAAUAAAUGGUUUAGUGGUAUUUCUAAAAAUAAUGAACGUCUAGCAAGAACAGUUCUUGUAGAUACAGAACAAAAAGUAAUAAAUAAAAUUUAUAACGACAAAAAUACUUCAUGGACAUAUUCAACAAGGAAUGUAAUUUGUCAAGCUGAAGGAGGUUGUGCAAAUAAUUGGGCAUUUGGUUAUUUGAUAAAAGGAUAUGAAUUAAGCGAUGUGAUAUUAAAUUGUGUAAGACAAGAAGUAGAAAAAUUAGAUUACUUCGAUGGAUUUCUCUUAUUAUUAAGUUCUGCAGGAGGAACAGGAUCUGGCAUUGGAAGUUAUAUUACAAAACUAUUGCGUAAAGAAUAUGGUAAAAGAUCUAUAGUUAAUACAACAAUAUUACCAUUUUCAUUUGGUGAAGUAUGUACACAAAAUUAUAAUACAUUACUAACUUUAGCAAAACUUUACAACGAAAGUGAUAUUAAUAUUUUAAUUGAAAAUGAACAAAUAUAUAAUAUAUGCACCAAUUCAUUAAAGAAAUCACCUACAAGUUUACAAGAUAUGAAUAAAGUUAUUUCAGAAAAAUUACUAGCUGUGUUCCAACCAGUAGAUCAUAUAAACCAUAAUAUAAAUUCAUUACUAUCUCAGAUAGCAUGUCAUCCUUCAUAUAAAAUAGUAACAAUCAAAAGUAGCCCACAUAUAUCUGCAACAUCUGCAAACUAUGAGCCUAUAUGUAAUUGGAAUUCAUAUAUACAUCAUUUAAAGCAAACACUUAGAAUAUCAAACUUAAAUUUACAGUUGACUAAUGUUGAACUAAAAAUGCCAUCUAUGUCAUUACGCAACACAGCGCACUAUAUGUAUGCUUGUUCAGUAUCAAAUUUUUUAAUAACACGUGGACUAAUACCAGAGCAAGAUCCUAUAAUGACAAAUAUAUUUAAAGAAAAAGAUUUAUAUGCAAACUGGAAUAUGACUGAUUGGUUUACUCAUUUACAUCAAAACCGAAAAUUUUUAAAUCGUGAUAAAUUUCUUGCUUUAAUAACGAAUAAUUCCCAAAUUUCUUAUUCUUUAGACAUGUUGUUAAAUAAAGCUUGGAAGUCUUAUGUUCAUUCUGCAUUUUUACAUCUAUACAAACAAUUUGGCUUAGAAGAAGAUGAUUUUCUACAAGCAUUUGCAAUCCUUGAAAAUGUUGUGAAAAACUACAAAGAAUUGGUUCCUCAUGCAAAGCAAUAAAUUAAAAUUAUGUUGCACAAUUGUAAUAUAAUAAAUAAAAAGACAAUUAUAAGCUUUUUGUAACAUUUCAUGUAUAUAAAUUUUUAUUUGUAUCACAAAAACAAGCUAAGAAUUCAAAUAUUGCAUACUUAGAGUUAAGAACACGUAUAAAAGGGUAAUUAUGACGUCACAAGAAAAUCGACCAACUUUCAGUAUUAUGUAUAUACAUAUAUUAUCGAAAGAUGCAACGAUAAGGAAGACAAAAUAAGAAAUAAAUGAAGAUAGAAAAGACAAAUAGUAAUAAAUUGAAAAUGGUUUCUAUUUGGAGAGAAUAGGAUAAAAUAAGAAAUAAUUAUCUCUCUACUACAUCCCUCUUAUGAUGUGAGUAGUAGGAAGGUUUAUUCUACGCCUGUGCGAAGGGGCAACCGAAUCCAGCAACACAGAACGAAACCAUUUCUGACCAUUUCCAAGAAAUAACGAAAAUACUUCCAAGAAAUGCGGUCAUCUUUUUCCCUUCUUUUAUUCAUCCAGGAAAAGUCGAAGUUGAGUACGUUAUCAUACAUCUUUGUUGGAUAUAAAAUUAUACAAUAUAAUUUUUAAAA